AUGCUGGCAUGGCAGGACGGCGGGGCCAAGGCGGCCCCUGCCCACCACAAGAUCUCCUUCUCAGUCCUCGACAUCCUGGACCCGCAGAAAUUCACGCGCGCUGCGCUCCCCGACGUGCGCCUCGCUCCCCGGGAAGCCAAGAAAAGUUUGGCGGAGGUCGGAGCAGGAAAGGACGCUAGCCCCGGGCACCCGGUGCGACAGCAGGAAUCCCCCGAUGCUGCGGGCCAAAGCGCCGGCCCGGCGUCCCCCUUGGAGGGCUCGGAGGCCGAGGCGGAGGAGGAGGACGAAGAGGACGCGGGGCGGCCGCGGCGGCGGGAGCCGGCUGCGCGCUCUCCGGAGGCCCGGGCGGCGGCGCUGGCAGCCGGGCAGCGCCGCGCGGACGGCGGGGGCGGUCCCGUGGGCUCCCCGGGCUCUCCCGGCUCCCCGCGGCCCCGGCGCCGGCGCGCCGAGCCCAGCUGCGCCAAGCCGCGGCGCGCGCGCACGGCCUUCACCUACGAGCAGCUGGUGGCCUUGGAGAACAAGUUCCGCGCCACGCGCUACCUGUCGGUGUGCGAACGCCUGAACCUGGCGCUGUCGCUCAGCCUCACCGAGACGCAGGUCAAAAUCUGGUUCCAGAAUCGCAGGACCAAGUGGAAGAAGCAGAACCCGGGCGCCGACGGCGCGGCGCAGGCCGGGGGCGGCCCGCCCCAGGCUGGGACGCCCGGGGCCGCGGCGGGGGCCGGCGGCGGCGCCGGGGGCAGCCCAGGCCCGCCGGGCCCCGGCGCACUGCCCUUCCAGACCUUCCCCUCCUACUCGGCGGCCAACGUGCUCUUCCCGGCCGCUGCCCCCUUCCCGCUGGCCGCGGCGGCCGGGAGCCCCUUCGCGCCCUUCCUCGGGCCCUCCUACUUGGCCCCCUUCUACGCCCCGCACCUAUGA